GGACGGGCCCGAGCCGGGCGGGGGGGGGAGUUUAUCCCACUAGAAGGGAACAGUUUCUCCCGCUGAGACUUGACAGCGCCAGGGAUUACAAUGGUUGACACAGAAAUGCCGUUUUGGCCCAUUAAUUUUGGAAUUAGUCCAGUGGAUCUGUCUGCAAUGGAUGAUCAUACACAUUCCUUUGACAUAAAGCCGUUUACCACCGUUGAUUUUUCAAGCAUUUCUUCACCACACUAUGAAGAUAUUCCUCUUGCAAGAACUGAUCAGACAAGCAUUGAUUAUAAAUAUGAUAUCAAGCUCCAGGACUGCCAAAGUGCAAUCAAAAUGGAGCCUCCUUCCCCACCCUAUUUUUCAGAAAAAGUUCAGUUGUACAAUAAACCUCAUGAGGAGUCUUCCAACUCCCUUAUGGCUAUUGAAUGCCGUGUGUGUGGGGACAAGGCCUCUGGAUUUCAUUAUGGUGUGCAUGCAUGUGAGGGUUGUAAGGGCUUUUUUCGAAGAACAAUCAGAUUAAAGCUAAUAUAUGACAGGUGUGAUCUUAAUUGCCGCAUCCAUAAGAAAAGCAGAAAUAAAUGCCAAUACUGCAGAUUUCAGAAAUGCCUUGCCGUUGGAAUGUCACAUAAUGCCAUCAGGUUUGGGCGAAUGCCACAAGCGGAGAAGGAGAAGCUCUUGGCAGAGAUUUCCAGCGACAUCGACCAGUUAAACCCUGAAUCUGCUGAUCUACGAGCACUUGCCAAGCAUUUGUAUGACUCAUACAUAAAGUCCUUCCCUCUGACCAAAGCCAAGGCGAGGGCGAUCUUGACAGGAAAGACGACAGACAAAUCACCAUUUGUUAUUUAUGACAUGAACUCUUUGAUGAUGGGAGAAGAUCAGAUCAAGUGCAAGCAUGUGUCACCGCUGCAGGAGGAGAACAAAGAGGUAGCAAUUCGCAUUUUCCAGAGAUGUCAGUUUCGCUCAGUGGAGGCAGUGCAGGAGAUUACAGAAUUUGCCAAGAACAUUCCAGGUUUUGUGAAUCUUGACCUGAAUGAUCAAGUAACUCUCCUGAAAUAUGGGGUCCAUGAGAUCAUAUAUACUCUCCUGGCUUCUCUGAUGAAUAAAGAUGGAGUUCUUAUAUCUGAUGGACAAGGAUUCAUGACACGAGAGUUUCUGAAGAGCCUGAGAAAACCUUUUUGUGACUUUAUGGAACCCAAGUUUGAGUUUGCUGUGAAGUUCAAUGCACUGGAAUUAGAUGACAGUGACCUGGCAAUAUUUAUAGCUGUCAUUAUACUAAGUGGAGAUCGCCCAGGUUUGUUAAAUGUGAAGCCCAUUGAAGAUAUACAAGACAAUCUGUUGCAAGCUUUGGAGCUCCAGCUGAAGCUGAAUCAUCCAGAAUCAUCACAGCUGUUUGCAAAGUUGCUUCAGAAAAUGACGGACCUCAGACAGAUUGUAACGGAACAUGUGCAGCUGUUGCAAAUAAUAAAGAAAACGGAGACAGAUAUGAGUCUUCAUCCACUCCUACAAGAAAUCUAUAAAGACUUAUAUUAAUGACCAUAGUAGUUCUAAUUCGCUGACAUAAUGUAUGUUUUUCAGAUUGCACUAUUUCUUUGAGGGAAAACUUUGCAUACCUAAGAAAUUACUGUGAAACAGCAUUUAAAGAGAGAGAGCUUAGUAUAGUAGAUCUAUUUUAUGCAUAUUGUUUAUAAAGACACAUUUACAAUUUACUUUUAAUAUUAAAAAUAUCUAUAUCAUGAAAUUGUUGGCAGUAUUUUCAGAAUUAAUUUUUUAAACUAUCUUAUUUCUUAAAAUUGCUUGUCCAGUAUGAUUGAUGCUUCACUGAAGUUGGUUAAGCAUGCAGUUAAAUUUUCAACUUAAAAAUAAAAAUCUUUCUCCUUAAACAUUUCUAGGGAAACAUUUUAACUAUUAUGUUUGAUUUUGUGCUCCCAAGGCAGCAGCAAAAUAAAAUAAAACUGAAUCACA